CCAUCGCUAAUUUGCAUGCCUCCCGUGCAACCGUCUCAGCAUUUCGCUUCUUGUAUUCCCAGAAAUCUGAAAAUGGCUGCCUCCAAGCUAAAGCUUCAUUAUUUUGACGUCAGGGGUCGCGCCGAAGUCGACCGUCUGAUUCUGGCGGCCGCCGGAAAAGACUUCGACGAGGUCAGGUUCUCACUGGAGGACUGGCCCAGCCACAAACCCAAGUCCCCUUACGGCCAGGCCCCGUGGAUGGAAGUCGACGGGGUCCCGUUCGCGCAAAGUCUGGCCAUCCACUCAUUCCUGGCCCGUGAGCUCGGCUUCCACGGCCGGACCAGUCUGGAGAUGUUCAAGAUUGACGAGAUCGUCCAUCUGCUUGACGAGCUGUUCACGCUUGCUGCUAGUAACUACCACAUCGACGACGAAGAGGAGAAGGCAGAAGACGCAAGGAAGAUAAAAGAACAGGAGGCGCCGAAAUUUUUGGGUUUUUUCGAAGAAAUUUUACAGAAAAACGAGACGGGUUAUUUGGUUGGGGAUCGGCUGACCCUGGCAGACAUUGCUCUGUUUGACGCCUGCACCGGCUUCUUGUCCGAUUACAUGGAGCUUACACAUGAUUACCCGAUGGUCCAGCACAACGUGGAACUGGUCAAGGGGAAUGACAAAAUCGCGGAAUACCUUGUGUCAAGAAAUUAAUAGUUCAAAGAUAAAGGUCUAUAGCGGAAUACCUUGUGUCAAGAAAGUAAUAGUUCAAAGAUAAAGGCCUAUAGCGGAAUACCUUGUGUCAAGAAAGUAAUUGUUCAAAGAUAAAGGCCUAUAGUUUGAUAUUGGAAUUUUUGGAAAUUGUUAUUUUCUUUUUCAAAACUGAAAGCGUUUUUGAAUACCCUCUGAAAGACGAAUAGUGAAGCCAUGAUAUAAAUUAUUUUUUGUGUGUUUUACUCACAUUUUAAAUAUAUAAUUACAUGCUUGUUUUUUUUUAAUUAAAAAAAAUAGGAUUAACAAAAUAAUUAUUGGUCGAAUCUUGACAACAAGAAUCUUAAUUUUCUGACAUUAAUAACAUUUCGUUUUCAGUAAAAUAAUUUGCCCCAACUUAGGAAUUGUGCCACGCGAUAAACAACUUCCACACAGCAAUAUACAAGAAUUUCUACAGGAUGUACAACCGCCACGCCAUAUACAACCUCGAUACAAGAAACAACCUCCACACAACGAUAAAUAAAAUCCACACAGUAUACAACUCCACAUGAUAUACAACCUCCAGACAUUUUGCAGCCUCCACACAGUAAACAACCUCCACAAAUAAUACAACCUCCACACAGUAUACAACCUCCACACAGUAAACAACAUACACACAUAAUACAACCUCCACACAGUAUAAAAUCGCCACACAGUAAACAGCCUACACACAUAAUACAAGCUCCACACAGUAUACAAUCUCCACAGCAACAAAAAUUGAUCUACCAGUACAAAGUAUUUCUUUGUUGUUGUUGUUUUUUUUUUAAAAUUUGUAAACAUGUGUAUCGGUCUCUUCAAGCCAUUACAUUUGUUUGUUACAAUGACCAUGCGUCGCAUCUCGGUUGUAGUGAACGUGAUGAUUAUCAUAAGUUUUGUCCAGUGCUGGAUUAAUCAUGCCCGGUAGUUCUCACGUGUACGAGGCAAUAUUCAAUACCUGUUGACAUGAAAAUAUAACUUUGAUCUUAUGAAAUUCUGUAUAACUUUUUGUUUUAGGGGUGGG